CUUUAUUUAUUUAAAUUUCUACUUAAAAAUAUUGCGCAUAUGCUUGAUUAUUUUAAUAGAGUAGUUUCCGUUUCCUUGUUGAUAGUUGAUACUGACGCUAGUUGCAGAAAAACCUCGUUCUAGUCACAACGUUGUGAAAUAUUUGACCGCCAUUUUUCGUAAUUUGUAAAAGUAUUUAAUAUGUCGGCCGAUAAUGAUGAUCUUUUGGAUUAUGAAGAUGAGGAACAACCAGAGCAGACUGUUACUGAUGCCGUAGUAGACGGCCAAACCAAAAAAGAAGUUAAAGGUACAUAUGUAUCUAUUCACAGUUCCGGCUUUCGUGAUUUCUUAUUGAAACCAGAAAUUCUGCGUGCUAUUUCUGAUUGUGGUUUUGAACAUCCUUCGGAAGUUCAACAUGAAUGCAUUCCUCAGGCUGUGCUUGGCAUGGAUAUCCUAUGUCAAGCAAAAUCUGGUAUGGGAAAGACAGCUGUAUUUGUACUUGCCACAUUACAGCAGUUAGAACCAGCAGAGAAUCAUGUAUAUGUGUUGGUUAUGUGUCAUACACGUGAACUUGCAUUCCAAAUUAGUAAAGAAUAUGAACGUUUUACAAAAUAUUUGAAUCAUAUUAAAGUUGGUGUAUUUUUUGGCGGUCUACCAAUACAAAAGGAUGAAGAAGUACUUAAGAAUAGUUGUCCACAUAUUGUUGUUGGAACACCAGGAAGAAUAUUGGCACUUGUACGUGCUAAAAAAUUGAAUUUGAAACAUUUGAAGCAUUUCAUUUUGGAUGAAUGUGAUAAAAUGCUUGAAUUAUUAGAUAUGAGACGUGAUGUACAAGAAAUUUAUCGUAACACACCACACGACAAACAAGUAAUGAUGUUCUCGGCUACGCUCAGCAAAGAUAUUCGUCCUGUUUGCAAGAAAUUCAUGCAAGAUCCCAUGGAAGUUUAUGUCGAUGAUGAAGCCAAAUUAACACUUCACGGAUUACAACAACAUUAUGUCAAAUUAAAGGAAAAUGAAAAGAAUAAAAAAUUAUUUGAACUUUUAGACGUAUUAGAAUUCAAUCAGGUCGUAAUAUUCGUAAAAUCAGUACAACGAUGUAUGGCAUUAUCACAAUUAUUAACAGAACAAAAUUUCCCUGCAAUUGGUAUACAUCGUGGUAUGAAUCAAGAAGAACGUUUAUCACGCUACCAACAAUUUAAAGACUUUCAAAAACGUAUAUUAGUUGCAACAAAUUUAUUUGGACGUGGUAUGGAUAUUGAACGUGUAAAUAUUGUAUUUAACUAUGAUAUGCCAGAAGAUUCAGACACGUACUUACAUCGUGUUGCACGAGCAGGUCGUUUUGGUACCAAAGGUUUAGCUAUUACGUUGGUUAGUGAGGAAGGUGAUGCGAAAAUUUUAAAUGAAGUUCAAGAUCGUUUUGACGUUAAUAUAACUGAAUUACCAGAUGAAAUUGAUUUAUCAUCUUACAUUGAAGGACGUUAAAUCUUAGAAUUAAUUU